AUGUGUGACAAUCAGACUCAGAUCUCUGAAGUCAUCCUUCUGGGAUUUCAGAUUGACCCAGCCCUGGUCCUCUUUGGAUUCUUCUUACUAUUCUACAGCCUCACUCUGAUGGGAAAGGGGAUCAUUCUGGAGCUCAUCUGCCUGGACUCAAGGCUGCAUACCCCCAUGUACCUCUUCCUCUCACACCUGGCCGUUGUGGACAUGUCCUAUGCUUCAAGCACUGUCCCAAAGAUGCUGGCAAAUCUCGUGAUGCACAGGAAGGCCAUCUCCUUUGCUCCAUGCAUACUGCAGACAUUUUUGUAUUUGUCUUUCGCUGUGACAGAGUGCAUGAUGUUGAUGGUGAUGUCCUAUGACCGGUAUAUAGCCAUCUAUCACCCUUUGCAUUCCAUCCUUAUCAUGAGCUGGAGAAUGUGCACCAUCCUGGCUGCCACUUGCUGGAUAUUUAGUUGCAUCUUGGUCUUGGUCCAUAUCAUUCUUAUUCUGAGGCUUCCCUUUUGUGGGCCACAAAAUCAACCACUUUUUCGUCAAAUCAUGUCAGUUUUUAAAUUGGCCUGUGCUGACAGGAGACUAAACUACAUUGUCCUCUUUAUGGGUUCAGUAUGUGUCUUGGUGAGGCCCUUGUGCCUGGUGCUGGUCUCCUACACCUGCAUUCUGCAUUCCAUCCUGAGGAUCCAGUCAGGGGAGGGCAGCAGAAAGGCCUUCUCUACCUGCUCCUCCCACGUCUGUGUGGUGGGGCUCUUCUCUGGCAGUGCCAUAGUCAUGUAUAUGGCUCCCAGAUCUCCUCAUUCUCAAGAGCAGAGAAAGAUCUUUUCACUGUUUUACAGCCUGUUGAACCCCACACUGAACCCUGUGAUCUGUAGCCUGGGGAAUGCAGAGGUGAAAUGUGCUUUAAGAAGAAUUCUUUGGAAACAGAGAUCAAUGUGA